AUGCCUCAAGAGUGUGUUGAAGAAUUAAGAGCAUCUGAUCGCAAGACUUUAGGAUUAUUAGUGAGUGAGUGUGUGAAAAUAUCUGAUCUCAUUAAAGUAGACAGAUAUAGUAGUUUGACAUAUUUGUUACGAGUUACAGCAAAUGUACUGAGAUUCAUUGAAAAUGUGAGAGUGAAAGUGAGAAUGAGACAGCACGUGGCGGAUGAAGUAAUAGUAAUGAAGGCAGAGCUGAUUUGGAUCAAAGAUGUGCAGUUGAGCUUAGUGGAGGAGAGGAGAUUCAAGGAGUGGAAGCACCAGCUACAGCUAUUUCAAGAUGGAGAAGGAGUCUGGAGAUGUGGGGGAAGAUUAUCUAAUGCAGACAUCCCUUACAAUACUAAGCAUCCUGUGCUACUGCCUAACAAGCAUCACUUUACAGAUCUAGUUGUUCAAAGAGCGCACGCGCGAGUAUUCCACAAUGGUGUUAAAGAGACAUUGGUUGAAGUUCGCUCGAGAUACUGGAUUGUAAGGGGAAGAUCUACUGUAAAGAGAAUAAUUGAUCGAUGUGUUGUCUGUAAGAAGACUGAGGGACGUCCUUAUGAUGCUCCUGGACCACCUCCUUUACCUACAUUCAGAGUGACAGAAGAGCCAGCCUUUACCUUCACAGGAGUAGAUUUUGCUGGUCCAUUGUAUGUAAGGAGUAGUAAGUGGGAUGUGGGUGGUAAAGUUUGGAUAUGUAUAUAUACUUGUUGUGUCACUAGAGCCAUACACCUUGAUAUAUUAUGCACUAUGUCUCUUGAGUUUUUCCUUAGGUCCUUUAGGAGAUUUGUGGCAAGAAGAGGACUCCCAAGGCGCAUUGUUUCAGACAAUGGGAAGACCUUCAAGGGAGCUGCACGAGUAUUCAAGGAGAUAAUGAAUCACAAGGAAGCCAGUCAUUACCUGGAGGAGAACGUAAUACAGUGGACAUUUAAUGUUGAAAGAGCCCCAUGGUGGGGUGGAGUGUUUGAGAGGCUCAUUCGCUCAGUCAAGAGGUGUCUUAGGAAGGUUGUGGGGAGAGCCAAACUCACCAGGGAGGAGUUGCUGACAGUAGUUACUGAAGUGGAGAUGAUUGUGAACUCGCGACCACUAUCUUAUGUCAGUCAUGAUGAUCUGGAAGAGCCAGUCACUCCUUCCCACCUUCUUAUUGGACGCAGAGUACUAAGUUUUCCUGAUACACUAUGCUAUGAUGGAGAUGAUGAAGACUAUAAUGCUACUCCACAACUUCUCAGUAAGAGAAUGAAGUAUCUCAAUCGUACAAUCGAUCAGUUCUGGAGCAGAUGGAAGGGAGAGUAUUUGUUAGAACUUAGAGAAGCACAUAGGUUCAGAGGAAACUUACUGUCUACUGGGAGGAAGAUAAGAGUGGGAGAUAUUGUAGUUGUCCACAGCGAUGAGAAGCGAAGAGGAUUUUGGAAUCUGGGAAAGAUUGAGGACACUAUUGUUGGUGUAGAUGGAGAAAUACGGAGUGCUGUGGUUAGAGUCUUUACUGGACAGAAAAGGUCCAAGUUGCUGAAGAGACCUAUUCAGAAGUUAUUCCCUCUAGAAGUCAAUGAGAAUGACAAUCUAAUUCCUGACAAUCAGGAUCAAGAUCCCACUGAAGAGCCUCCCACUGAAGAUAUUGACGUGGCUGAGAAUGAUGAUAUCAAUGAGCCAAUCAUGCCGAUCAACAACCAGGAAUCUGGUCAAAGGAGAUCCAAGAGAGCUGCAGCUAUUACUGCAAGAGACAAUAUUCUGGUACAAUCUAUGUUUUAA